AUGGCAUCCCACCGGCUAUUGUCUUGCGUAUCCGUCCUAAAUCAAUUUAAAUCUGGACUGAAGCCGCAACUAAUAACUAAUCGGCCCUGGAGCUCAACCUUAAGUGUUCGAACCAUGAGUUUUGUUCACACGAAAGUGAAAAAACACGACAACGGGGUGGCUGUGCUUAUGAUUGAUAGCCCUGGAACAAAGGUCAAUACACUAAAUCGGGAAACAAUGCAAGAGCUGUCACAGCGUAUGCAAGAGUUGAAGAACGACGAUUCUGUGAAGUCGGUUGUGCUUAUGUCGGGCAAGCCGAAGUGUUUCAUCGCGGGGGCAGAUAUCAAAAUGUUGGCGCAGUGCAAAACUGCUGAGGAAGCCGCGAAAAUUUCCUCGGAUGGACAAGUUCAGCUUCAACAGAUCGAGGACAGUUCAAAGCCUGUGAUAGCUGCUAUUUUUGGUUCAUGUUUGGGAGGUGGACUUGAGGUUGCUUUGGCGUGCAAGUAUCGGAUUGGAAUGAAAGAUCCUUCAACGACGAUCGGAUUGCCGGAAGUUAUGCUAGGUUUAUUGCCUGGUGGUGGUGGUACCCAGAGAUUGCCUAAACUCGUACCACUUCCGAAAGCGCUCGACAUGGUGUUGACCGGAAGAUCACUGAAAGCAGAUCAAGCUAAGAAAUUGGGUGUUUUGGAUGCGGUUGUGGAUCCGUUAGGCCCGGGCUUGAAGCCACAAGAGCUGAGGAAUAUGGAGUAUUUGGAAGAAGUCGCGGUCAAGACGGCUGCUGCGAUAGCAAACGGCUCAAUAAAAGUCGAUAGAACAAAGAAGCCACUUCUUGCGAAAGCUACUGACUACAUCAUGAACAUCGGUUUUGUUCGUGACAAGAUUUUUGAGAAAGCAAAAGGCCAAGUAAUGAAGCAAACCAAUGGGUUAUAUCCAGCGCCUCUGCGGAUUUUGGAAGCCGUUAAAACAGGACUUGAAAAAGGCUCCAAAGCUGGUUACAAGGCUGAAUGCCAAGGCUUCGGUGACCUCGCUGCGACAAAUGAAGCAAAGGGGUUGAUGUCAUUAUUCCACGGUCAGACCGAAUGUAAGAAAAAUCCUUACGGGGAACCGAAACGACCUGCAAAAACUCUUGCCGUCCUUGGGGCUGGGCUAAUGGGUGCCGGUAUUUGCCAAGUUUCUCUGAACAAGGGGUAUACCGUAUUGAUGAAGGAUGUCAACUACAAAGGACUUGCUCGUGGGCAGAGCCAAAUUUCGAAAGGUUUCGGCGCUGCUGUUAAACGCAAGAGAAUCUCGCGCAUGGAUAAGGAACGGUAUGAGUCAAAUUUGAUUCCUUCUCUGGAUUACUCCAAGUUUGGCGGAGUUGACAUGGUGAUUGAAGCCGUGUUUGAAGACUUAUCGCUGAAGCAUAAAGUAAUCAAAGAAGUCGAACCUCACCUUCCUGAACAUGCCAUCUUUGCUACCAACACUUCAGCUCUGCCGAUCGCGAAAGUUGGUGCGGUUACCACACGCCCCGAUCGAUUCAUUGGUAUGCACUACUUCUCACCUGUAGACAAGAUGCAGUUGCUUGAGAUCAUCGCGACGGAGAAAACGUCAAAGGAUACCAUUGCCUCCGCCGUUAAGGUUGGUUUGAAGCAAGGAAAAGUUGUGAUUGUAGUCGGCGACGGGCCUGGCUUUUACACCACUAGGAUUUUGGGUGCCACGAUGACGGAAGUCAUCAGAGUUUUCCAAGAAGGAGAGGAUCCAGAAAAAAUUGAUCGUUUGUCCAAGCAAUUCGGAUGGCCAGUGGGUGCAGCCACACUUGCUGACGAAGUUGGUGUCGACGUCGCCUAUCAUGUGGGGAACGAUUUGAGUGAGGCAUUUGGGGACAGAUUCGCUGCCGGGAACGUGAACGUGUUGAAAGAUAUGGUGGACGCUGGAUUUCUUGGAAGGAAAUCUGGAAAGGGUUGUUUUAUUUAUGACGGAAAGAAAACGUCUGGAUCCAGGCCCAUGAAUAACGAGGCUCUGGAAAUCAUCAAACGUUACCGGCUGGAACCGAAGGGAAUGAACAGUGAUUCUGAUCUUCAGCUGCGACUUGCGGGAAGAUUCAUCAACGAAGCAAUCAUGUGCCUUGAAGAAGGCAUUCUGCGUUCACCGUUGGAAGGAGACAUCGGUGCCGUUUUUGGCCUUGGUUUCCCACCAUUCACUGGCGGACCAUUCCACUUCGUAGAUUCUUUUGGCGCGGAAAAGCUCGUGAACAAGAUGCGAGAAUACGAAAGUGUUUAUGGGAAACCGUUCACUCCCUGUCAAAUGCUUCUGGAUCACGCCAAGACCGGCAAAAAAUUUUUUCCCGAUUCCUAGUGCGCAAAUGAACGAAUGAUGGAUGAGUUGGGUUUAGUGUCAUUCCUGGUUUUGCUAAGUUGAAUCAGUUCCGGCGAAUUUUAAGAGCACGCUGGUUGACUAGAUAUGAUGGGGAAAGUGGCGGAAUGGAUAGUUUUCCGCUUAACCGAGCAAUGCAAUGUACAGCUUUCCAAAAUUUAUUUAUUCUACGUGAGGUGGGUUUAAUCGGAGCAAAUCUCUGACUGGGAACAAAAAGAUAAAGCGAUGGGUGUAUCCAA